GUUUGGCCAGUUUCGCCCGUUCCGAAGUGAUUCAAAACAAAGUGGAUUGCUACAAAUCAGGAGCGGCGCUUGUUUUGCUUGCAUCAGUUACAUCGCGCCCGUCACGUACCGUUCUCCUCCUCACUCGAUUUACGCGAUUGCGGUUCAUACGCGGCGGCGGUACACACACAGCAUCCUCUGUUUGCGCUGCGAUAGCGCGUGUGAGAGAGCUGCUGCUCGUCCGUGUGUACCGGUGGCGUUGUAACCCUCUUCCUGGUGGAAACUGUGUCACGCAGAUAGUGCGGAAGGAAAAGAAAAACACAUACAACAUUACAACACCACGUCGCAAUAAUCGCACCGCAAAACGCCGAGGGUGAAGGCCACCGCGAACGGGAUUAGCGCGACCGAAAGCUUGGGUCUUUAGUGGAGUGCCGGCGCGUCGUAUGAUAAAAGCGCGUUAAAUUAUAUAAUUUUGGUGUGUCUGUGUAACGCAGGUUUAUAGAGGCGGUAACGUGGCAUUAAUCGUCCCCCACCUCACCACCGGAGAAGCAGCGGUGCAACCGGGACGUUGAGUUUUUGAACCGCAAACGACGACGACGACGACGACCAAGACAUGAUCAACCCCGUGGAAGCGCUUGCCAGUGUGAGCGGUGCAUCGGCACCCGCAAUCCGACUCAUUCUUUCCGUCCUUUUCGCCUACCCAAUCGGUUUGCUCUACCGACAGCUCAAGGGUGGUUCGACACUGCGAAAUCUCUACAUCGCCUCCACCGGUCUAUCGAUCGUGGCGUUCAACUAUGGCACCGACAUCUACCACAGCUUACUGGCCGUGGCGGUUAGCUUCCUGUGCAAUGCGUUCCUCGGCAAGAGCAGCCUGCUCGUGCCGGUCAGCUUCUCCUACCACAUGGGAUACCUGCUUAUCGGCUACUACUACACGACAAGCGACACGUACGACAUCAAAUGGACGAUGCCACACUGCGUGCUUGUGCUGCGCCUGAUCGGGCUCGCCUUUGACCUUUCCGACAGCCGGAAGAAGGAAGCGGACGGCAAAGCGGACGCGAAAUGCAUCCCAGCCCCAUCGCUGCUGGAGCUGAUCGCAUUUACCUACUUUCCGGCGACCGUACUCGUUGGGCCACAGUUUAGCUUUCUGCGCUAUCAACGCUUCGUGGCCGGUGCAUACGAACCCCACACGCAGAACGCACCGGCGUACGCGAUGAAGAAAUUCCUGCAGGGCGUGUUCUAUCUCGUCGUGAACCAGGUCGGCACGCAGUACGUGUCCGACGCGUACCUAAUGUCGCCCGAGUACGAGCAGGAGUCCCUGUUCAUGAAGCACAUCUAUCUCGGCUGCUGGGGACGGAUAACGCUGUACAAAUACAUUUCGAUCUGGUUGCUAGCGGAAGGGGCUGCUGUCAUUUAUGGACUGACGUACAUCGACGCAAAGCCCGGCGAUCGGGAGUACUGUUCGGACGAGCUGUCCGGGUGUAGCAACAUUAAGGUGGGCGUUUUCGAGAACACCAGCAAAUACGGCCACUACGUCGAGUCGUUCAAUGUGCAGACGAACACGUGGGUCGCCAACUACGUGUACAAGCGUUUGCGCUUCCUUAACAAUCGUAUGCUGUCGCAUCUGGGGGCGUUGUUCUUCCUCGCCAUCUGGCACGGUUUCCACAGCGGCUACUACAUUACAUUCCUGCUCGAGUUUAUGGUUAUUCGAAUGGAGAAGGAGGUGGAACCAAUCUUUGCGAGAAGCGAAAAGCUGCAGCAACUACUACAGCAGCAACCACUCCUCCGGGCGCUCGUAUUCGUCGGGCUCAAGUUCUACACGAUUGUGUGGGCCGGCUGGUGUCUCGUGCCGUUCGUAUUUCUGAGCUUCCACAAAUGGUGGCACAUCUACACGGUGGUGCGCUUCUCGGGCUUCGUCCUCUUCAUCAGCGGCAACAUCUUCCUGGCACCGCUCCUCCGAGCCAUCCUCCCACGGUCCUCCUCCUCGUCCUCCACGGCAAAGCCGGCGCAAGCCAGCGCCGCCGCAACGGAAGUAAAGAAAGACAAUUAAACGAUUCUCGCCUGACGGGGGGAGUUUGAAUGCGCCCCGAAAAAAAAAACACUUUGCCUGUAUCCUAGCACGAACGUACUCUAGCGCGCGUCUGUUUUGCGCGAACGACGUGAGAUCUCCGUUUUUUUAUUAGAACAAGGAUAAACACAACACAUAGUGAGAAUGCGAGACGAUGAUGAAGCGAUUACCAAAAGAAGGGCAACAAAAAACAAGUAUAAUUCGAAGCCAUCCUGUCCUCUCCGUUUUUGCACGUUAAAAUACGUAGUAAAACACACACACGCACGCAAAGACACACCGACACGCGGUCUCGUUUGAAGGCGUUACGACCGAGUGGGUCCUGUAUGCCUUCACUACACUUAUGAGUCCGUGUAUGCGCGCGCGUGUGUGUGUGUGUUGCGCCGAAUGCAGACACACUCCACGCCUAAUAUUAAACAAACAAACAAACCGCUCCUCCCUGUUGCUUCGAAUGGCGAACGUUGUUAUGUCCGAGUAGUACACUCGAGGAUACUGCUUGAAAGCUCCAUCUUACGAAACAAUACUAUUCCCUCUAUUAUCUCCUUAUCUACCCGUAAUGCCUCGUUACAUCUCAUCUUCCAGCUAUAGCGGGUCGAGUCGAGCAGAAAACAGCAACUAUUUACCCCUUACUCCAGAAGCCCCGACCUCCCUCCCUUCUCUUUCACAGCAAGACAACAACAGCUCAAGUGCUGGUACGAAUAGGGCAGACCGAAAAGCACCUUAAUGAUGAAUAGUUUUUAGUUGGUGAGGUUGCGAUUAAAAACACCCGAACCGAGAGAGAUUAGAAUUGAAGAUAGAGAGUCCGAGGGGGUGGUAAACUGUGGGUUAGAAGGAGUUAAUUUUUAAACACGAGGAUACCGUUAGAAUAAAAGGCAGUACUACUAGUCAUAUUCUUCGUUUCGCGAAAACCAAGUUGAAACAGAAAAUACAAACUAUUGAAGAAAA